AAAUUACCCAAAUAAAAGUCUUGACUGAGAAUAAAUCGACCAAUAAGAAUCUUUAUACCUAUUGGUUAGUUGACUAUGAAAGUUUUGGAAAUGCCCGACCCGGAGCCACCCGUACAAGCCCAGUUGCCAGCUCCCGCCAGUCUGGUUUACCCAGUCUUCGUCCCAGCGCCUCCGACAGCCCUACCGCCGGUUCAACCUCCCCAACCAUCUAAACCACCAACUGUCCAGCCAUUUCCACCACCUAGUUUCCAACCAUGGGAAUCGCCUAAUACUUUCCAACCAACAGCACCCCCGUCUUUUCAGUCUCCUACCACUCACCAGCCAGCUCAACCACUUACACCUUCCCAGCCCCACCAGCCGAUUUUGUCCUACGGCGGUUUCAGAGGCAGGAGUCUGUAUGCUUCACACAGAGGCCAAAGUGUGUACCGUGGUGCGCCGCGUGGGCGCGCCAACACGUGGCAAAGAGGGGCUCGCGGACGGAGCAGAGGAGGGUACAGAAACAUGACACUAGUGGUGAACCACUCUACCGCAGAAGUACCAGCUACUGCCCCUGCUGACCAAGUCGCAAUUUCUAAUCCAAAGGUUGCCCCAAAUGAGGCUCCAAGUGUCAUUGAUGGUCCGAAUUCCACUCGAGACGUCGCUCCUGCCCCUGCGACAGCCUCUCUUCCAAAUGACAAAUUCAUCGCCAGUGUGUCCAAGGGUGGAAUGUCACUUGUCAACACCAGAGUCUACUCCAGCGAAACGUACCAGUCACAGCUAGCACGCAUCAACGAGGCACGAGCCCUCUUGCUCGAGCGCCGGAAACAAAAAUUGGCACAAGAGAAGAAGCAGCGCAGUAUGCACGCCAUCCAGACCAAGGUCUCCAAAGCUAAGGUGAAGUACGACGACUGCAACCGAGUGCAAUUCGGGGAUGAGAUAUUUGCCAUCACCCGUGGGGGGAACAAGCUAGUGCCUAUUUCCAUCCGUACCUACGAGUUGUUGGAGGCUGUCAAGGUGUUGAAGUCCCGAGAGGUGGUGCCAAAGCGCUUCACCGCGGAUUUGUAUGAUGAGCAGACUGAAGCUAAAGAAGAGGACGUGGACGUCCAGAUUAUUCCUGGGGUCACCAAGCAUGACUUGACGGCACUCAAGAACAAAAUCUGCUACGGCACCCGGAGCUACAAAAGACUCAAGAACGGGUGUUUGAAGAUCCAAGGCAAGCCAAUCAUGCACAUUGAAAAGUGCAAAUACUUUACAAGAACCGGUAUCUGCACUAACGGAAAUACAUGCAAAUUCAGUCACAAUCCCGAGCAGAUUGCACUCUGUCAGGCCUUCUUGAAAGCGUCUUGCACAGACUACAACUGCUGCCUCUCCCAUAUCGCCGUGCCGGAAAACACCCCGUCGUGCAAAUAUUUUCUUCUAGGAAACUGCACCAAUCCGAACUGUAUGUACGUGCAUAAUGCGGUUGACUUCAGUCAUCCGCGCGUGUGUCGCUCGUUUGCAAUCGGAGGAUGGUGCGAUCAAGCGACCUUGUGCGAUAUGAUACACUCGUUCGAAUGUCCUGACUUCCAAGAGCCAGGUGGUGUCUGUCCUCGCGGCAGAAACUGUAAGUUAUCGCACGUGGUUCGUGGCGUCGUGCCUAGCCGGGGUAACCCCAACAGGGCCACUAGUUUCCGCCAACAACAACUGUCCAAGAACGGGGCGAGCCUGGACCUUCUUCUCACCACUGACACGUCGGGCGAUACAGCGUUGGAUACGUUCAAUGAAAAGGAUAAAGUCACGUUGAUUUUGACUGACAGUGACUUCAGCUCUGAUGAAGAGGAGAACGGCGACGACGACAGUGAUAUAGAUUUUGAUGCUGAUUUCAUCCAGUUCUGAUCUAUUACCGUAUAUAGAAAGAAAAUGAAAAAAAAAGUGCUGUCGAAGAAAUUAUGAAGGAAACCUUCUCGAUACAAAAAGAUUUAGAAUUUCAAUACAACUUUAUGGACUUGAA